AUGUCUGACAGUGACGGGCCACCACCGGAGCCCGCGGGACUGGAAGGUUUGCCUCCGCUCUACAGCAUCUCAAAGGGGGAAGUGGUUUCCGUGCAAACGUAUGGAGCGUUUGUGCGCCUGCCAGGCUACAAAAAGGAAGGUCUGGUCCAUGUAAGCGAGAUGUCAGCCACACGUAUCGAGAGCGCCGCAGAAGUUGUGGAUGUUGGAGAGAAAGUGUGGAUUAAAGUCAUCAGAAGAGAGAUAAAUGGUGACAAGGUCAAACUGUCCUUCUCGAUGAAAUCUGUCAAUCAAGGAACAGGCCGGGACUUGGACCCCAACAAUGUUAUGGCUGAGCAGGACGCGAGGCGGCGGAGGCAGUUUCGAGACCACACGGGCAAUAGGAUCACGCUAGAAGCUGUGCUCAAUACCACCUGCACUAAAUGUGGCUGCAAAGGCCAUUUUACUAAGGACUGCUUUUCUGCUCCCGGAUUGCAGUACGCACUAGUGCCUGAAGAGGGCGACGAGGAGCCACAGCAACAGCAGACAUCUGCAACAGCAGCACAGAAAGACAAAGACAAGAAGAAGAAAAAGAAGGAGAAGAAGACAAAGAAAAAGCGGAAACGCGAGAGGAAAGAAUCGGACAGCGACAGCAGCACCAGCGACGGCGGUGAGUGCAAACCCAAGAGGAGAUGUCACGAGCGAGACGAUGACAACAAGCGCAAGAAAAAACACAAGAAACAUAAAACGCACAAGCACAGAUGA